AAGGAAGUGGAGCAUGAAGCACUUACAGCGCAAACGGAGAAAACUCACGAGAAGUCUAGAACUCUGGUUGAUCAUCUCAUCUCUCGACAUGAUGUAGUUGGUGAAGGCUUGUUGAACGUCAUCCGCGAUAUCGCCUUUGUUGUCGGUGAUCCUGUUACUAAUCCAUUACAAAAGUUAUGUCUGCCUUUUAAGGAAAAGAAAGAGGAUCAAGUUCUUUACAUUCCGUUCAAAGGAGCAGUUUUUGCUGACUAUGAAGAAAUCGUUUGGACCCAAGCCCACUUGCUUCCAAAAUGGGCGAAUCCAGAGUCACGUUGUUAUCAACUUGGUCUACCCCCUAUCGCUUCUGUCGACAAAUACUGUGAUGCUUUUGUUUCGCAACUUCAAAUAAUUAAGAAGCCACCUAUAGAUAUGGUUGUUCAGCACUGCGAAGUCUUAUGCCAUCACUUGGAAAACCUCCGCAAAUGCAAGCUUGACUUAUCUAAAUAUAGUCGCAAGAUUUCGAAUGUCAUGGAACAAAUUUACAAGUUUUUACAAGAGAAUGCGGACGAAAGGGAUACAAUCGUCCUUGAAGUUACACCCUGCAUUUUAGUCGAAAAUGGAACAAAGUUUGUUAGGCCUGGUGAAGCGGUUGUCGAACUUCAAGGGAAAGACGAAAUUAAGCCUUUCCUUUAUAGAGUUCCUCCUGAGCUUGGCAAAUUCCGAAACUUGUUUCGUACCUUGGGAUGUUGCGAGUUUGUUACAUGUACCCAUUACGCUGUGGUAUUGGAGAAGAUGCGAAAGAGUUGUUGCGACGCAAAACUACAUCCCAAUGAGCUGAAAAAGUGCUCCCAGGCAGUAAAGGGAUUCUUUAAAACAUUACAGGAGAAUUCUGAAGAAGCUUCCACCUUGUCCACAUUGUCCACAUUGUACCUACCAGCGAUACCCUCAGGAAUCCGCUGCUUGGAAAUAAAUUUAAAUACAAUUUCCGUCACGUUACACAAGUCCUCCGAGUUGGUAUUCAAUGAUGUACCUGCCUACGAGGAUCGAGUCGAAGAGCUCCACCAGCAUUUUUUACUUGAUCUCAAGCUCAUGAAGGUUGGAUCAACACUAACCAGGACCGAAUUCAAAGAGGUGAUGAUGAAACUGCCUUUACAUUUACAGCCAAAGAUGCUUUCACUUGAAGUGAGAGAAAAGCGCAUUGAUGGUGUCUUAGUUAAAAGCUUAGUUUUCGAUUCAAUGAUGCUGCGACUUUGCACUCCACAGUUUGGUCAGGGAAUUGCAAGGAUCAUCGAGCACGACAACUCUCAAAAGCCAGAUUUCGAUGAAGAAGCUAUAGCUGAUAUCGAAAAGAGUCUCAAAAGAAUUCAGCUGUGCGCCGUGGAUAGUCUAAAAACGGCCCUUUUCGUAGAUGAAGACCUAAUCCCAGGAAGUGAAAGAGAUGCGGAGUCAUUCCAAGAGAAAUCUGAGAUACCCGGUGAGGAAAAAUGGAUGGUGUACGUUAACGCGGUAAAUACGGCUGAUGAUGCCGAGUUGGCGAGGUCUUUGGUUUCGGGCGUUGUUGUAGACAUCUGUGGUGACCUUAUUGGAAAGAGCGCUUUCUUAAUCCCAGGUAUGUUGCAAUGCAGCCCCAAUAAAAUCUGGUCCCUGCUCAAUAGAUCGGGCAUUCGACAAGAAGACACCUGCAGUGUAGAGGAUAUGGAUAUCUUUCCUGACCCAGGAAGUUUCAUUCCAGUGGAGGACCACCAUCUACUGAAUGACGCUUUUGGCGAUUUUGAACCUGGGGAAUAUGUCGGUUAUCAGCUUCACGACCCGAGUCUUCAGCUGAACAAAGGCGUUGCUACGUUCAUCUAUGCCAUGAUUAUCGAAGAGGUUAUGGCCCAGGAUGUUGGCUGUAACGAAGACUGGGUUCUACAUCUCGUUACUAAGGUGUACUCAGUCAACAUUGGAGAAGAACACGAGCCAGUGGAGGUGACCGCAGCCAAAUUGUACAAAUUUUGCCGUUUUGAAGAAAUAUCUAAUGGGAAACGCAGAAAUAGGGAAGAUCGGGAAGAGGUUCUCCUUCAAGUCUCGACCAUUUUGAAAAAUGCGUGGAAAUGCGAUUUACCAGAGGGUGAAAGAAGACAAAUUGUCAAACGGGUCAUUCUUCAGUGGCGUCCGGAGAAGAAUAUAGGCGAUGAAGAGUUCUGCUUUGAAGUUUCCAAACAUAUCAAGGAUGAACUUUUCCGUCUUGGUGGAUCGCACGAAGAAUUUAUCGACGCUUGUGUGGAGAUUGCCAAGGAACACAGAUCACGGCGAGAAAUAUACAAAGAAAAAGUGUUACAACAGUAUACAUCCCAAGGACACUUAUCAGACCGCAAGCCAUGGCGAAAUGUCCCUCCCAGUUUUUCAAAUAGCAAUCCUCAACCUGGAGAAGCCGAGCGCUGGUACAAACAAGCUGAAGCUGACCUGGUGGCCGGGAGAAAUGAAAUUGACUCUAGUCAGCCCUCCUAUGAGUGGGUAUGCUUUAAAUGCCAUCAGGCAGCAGAGAAGGCAUUGAAGGCGGCUCAGUAUACAUUACAUGCU